UUUUUAAUUUAUGAUUGACAGAAUGGGCAAUACAGAACAAAAUCUGGGGCCACGCGUUCUUCUUGGCGUACAAGAUGGACGCUCGCACCUACAACAACGUGGUACUGAGGUUUGCCAAUGGCCUGGCUGUCAACGAUCCUCUGCAAACUCUCUAUCAGACCAUGUCCGGCAGAGAACCUCAAGCUGCUACCUGUGCAGCUGAUAAGAAGUGGGGAGACUGGAGAACUCAUCUAGCCAUGAUGCUCAGUAAUCCGUCGGGAAAUGCCGAUCUAGAUAGAAAGUCUGUUAUCACGUUGGGAGACUCAUUAGCAAACCGAGGUCGACUGUUCGCGUCGCACUUCUGCUACCUGACGGCGCAGGUGAAGUUCUCGGACUACACGGACCGCAGCGGGGCUGCCAAGUUGGUGCUACUGGGCAGUUCCCAUCAGCUGCCCUUUACUCAGUUCGCCACCUGUCGCGCCAUCAUGCUCUCGCUCUGCUACGAGUAUGCCAUGCGUCUCAACAAGAAGGACUUUGUUAUGCCUGCUCUUCAGACCUACAAGUACCUGCUAGCCGUGCGCCUAGCGGAAUGCAACAGGCUGGCAGCGGCACUGCAGCACCUGGAGUACCUGGCCAUCGACCUGACCAAUCUACCGCUGGCCGACAGUCGGCCGCUGGCCAUCAGGGUAGCCGAACUGGCCGACGCACUCAAGAUGGCCGACCCCCUCUGCACCGAUCCAGACACUGAUCCCGACUGGCUGGCCAACCUCAAGCAGAUGCUCGACGAUAUCAGUGAAACUAAUUUGCAAACAUCAAACAUGAGCCGCGCGAUCUCAACAUCAACUGUGUCAACGUCUGGAGCUGACUUGAAUUCCAAUCAGCAGGGAAUGGAGGUUCCGAUGUACGGUGACAACACCAACCUGCAUGGCUGGGGUCAGCAGCAGCAGCAGCCUCCUAUGACUUAUGACCAAACUGAUAGCAAUGGCAUGCUGAAUCCAAAUGCGGUUCCCAUGAUCAGCAAUCUCCAGCAGCCGUAUCAGCAGUCCCAGUUUCAAACAGAUUAUACAUCACCGCCCACUUACGGCAUUGACCAGCAAUCAGCAGCAUUCCUCAGCAACCAAAUCAGCAGCAGCAACCAUGGGAGCAGCCAGCCACCAACUCCUGGCAGAAUCAGCAGCACAUGUAUCAGCAGGACCAGCAUCAGCAGUAUGGCAUGCAAGAUCAGCAACAACAGCACGACAUGAAUCAUCAGCAUGAUAUGAAUCAUCAGCCAACUGAUGCUGGGUACUCGACAGGUGGCAUCACGUUGAACUCUGGGCCAUCGUCCUACUACAAUAGUGCGUCACAACAACAGCAGAAUCAUCAGCAACCUCCCCAGCCACUCACU